GCACUGUCCAAGCAUAAUAUCUUAGCGUAAUUUACGAGCAUCAUAUAGGCUACUUGGAUCCAAUAUACUGGAAUUCUGUAUAGCUAGCCUCAUGCCGAAUUUCCAUGUGUGAACGCGCUGCGGUUCGAUACAGGACAGCGUUAGCACAGUUAAGGUAGAGUACCUACUGUAGACUAACGCUCAGAUUGUAUCACAUGAAAACCAGACCCCCCACAUCCCGUCAAGCCAGGUCAGCCAGGGAACUCAACCCUUCCAAUGCGGCUGGGAUUACCACCGGCGCAAUUCGGCCUGCAACGAUCCCUACCGGAGCCUCCAAUGGGGACGAACAAUGAGGAAAACAAUACUGCUCUGCUUCAUCCACGGCUUCAAGGGGGAUGAAUCGACCUUUGGCAAGAACUAUGCCUUCGUCGAGCAUCUGCGCAAGCUGCUUGCGGGGGCUCUGCCCAAGGUAGACGUCCAAGCCGUGGUCUACCCCAAGUACGAAACUCGGGGUGAGCUCGGCGAAUGCGUGACACGAUUCAGCGACUGGCUCCUCAACAAGGUAAUAGAUCUCGAAGUAGCGGCCGGCACCCCGUCGCCGACCAUCGACCCUUCGGUUCGCGUAAUCCUAGUCGGGCAUUCCAUGGGCGGGAUUGUCGCAGCCGAGACCGCCAUCCGCAUCUCAUCCGAGCAUCCCAUCCACAACAGCGUUGAUGAAGACAACCCGACCAAAUCCUCCACUGACAUGCCUCCUCCCCCCAACACACUCAUGUUCCCCUACAUCCAGGGCGUCCUGGCCUUCGACACACCUUUCCUCGGCAUCUCGCCGGGAGUCGUUGCCCACGGCGCAGAAUCGCACUACGCCGCCGCAUCAACUGCCAUUGCCCAGCUAAGCGGGCUGGCGAGUCUCUGGGGCGGGGCGAACCCUGCGAAGACGACUGCAAAUGCGAAGGUCGCCGGUGCGCUUCCGCCUCCACAGCAGGGAACCGGAAACGCCGACAGGGGGAAAGGGAAGGAGGCGCCGGCAGCGGCGAGCAAGAACGGCGGCUGGGGAAGUUGGGGUUCCAUCGCCAUGGCUGCGGGAGCGAUCGGCGCCGUAGCGGCAGGCGGAGCGGCGGCGUACCUUAACAGAGAACAAAUCAGCCAGGGGCUGGGCUGGGUAACAUCGCAUCUGUCUUUCGUCGGGUGCUUGGCGCGUAAGGAGGAGCUGCGGCGACGCGUGGCAUAUAUGGUGAGGAUGAAUAGGGAGUUGGGCGUUGGGUUCGGGAACUUGUACACGCGUCUGGGUCAGGCGGCGGGGUCGAGGCAGGUCAGCACCGUCAAGACGAUCCUGGGGAGUGAGCGGACGUUUUGUGUCGUGCCGCAACGGGAUCAGGCCGGGGAUUGGCGGCCAGCGGUGAAUGACAAAGCCACGGACGAGAUCGGGGCUCAUGUUUCUAUGUUUGAACCGAGCGAGAAUCCGGAUUAUCAGAAGCUGGCGAACGAGGCGAGGGACAUGAUCGCAAGUUGGCUUCGCAAUGACUGGUACGAGAGUAGUUCGGCUGAUGAGAUCCGCUCAUGAGGGUAUCAAUAUGCUUUCCUUUGGGAGCGGCGGUUCUGUUCAUGCCAUAGACAUUA